UCCGUGGAAUGCAGACAUCAUUAGCUUGGGUUUUUUUGCUGACCUUGCUUGUUAGCUAUGGUGAUGCUUUACGUUUUUUGGAGGAACCCUGCGGAUCUUCUAGUCCCAAAGUUAUCAAUGGCCAAAAUGAAGUAAUACAAGCGGCUGCAUGGAUGGCAGCCAUAAGUAAUGCCACAUAUUUUCUGUGUGUCGGCACGCUGAUUAACAAACAGUUUGUUUUAGCUGCUGCUCAUUGCAUAUAUUAUCAUGGAGAUCUGUUUGUGAAGUUUGGAACGCAUCCCGAAUCAGAGCCAUCCGAAAUGUAUGCAGCAAGCCUUGCCGUGAUACAUCAUUCCUACGAAGAACUCGAUCAGUCGAGUGACAUUGGUCUACUCAAACUGUCGCGCCCAGUGGUCUACAAUGUUUAUAUUAAUCCAAUCUGCCUUGUUUUGGAUAAGACUUUAAACAAACGGUCUGGUCUGACGUUCACAGCAUUUGGCUGGGACCUGAGAAGUAAAACGUAUAAAGGCGUCAUCCUUAAUUGGCUUAAUCAAAGCUAUUGCAAUUAUAGAUUGGGUGUGAGUCUUAGUUCUCAUCAGAUCUGUGCAAGUACCUCAAACAAACAACAAGAUUGUGAUUUUCAAUCUAGUCCCUUGAUUAUUUCUGUCAGAACUAAAGACAAAUCACAUCGCCUAGUCAUUGUGGGCCAUGGCAAAAUACGCUGUAAUAGAGUUGGAGUUUUUACUGAUGUAACAAGCUAUGUCGACUGGAUUAAGACAACAGUAAAGCGUUUUGAAACAUGGCAAAGUCUAGUGGUUGCUCCACCAAAAACAAAAAUUAUCAAAAAACCUCCACACUAUGAAAUGGUUCAGCGGAUGUGGUUGUAUGACGACUGCAGUGGCAAAACCUUAUCAUCAAAAUUACGCGCACAAAUUUAUGGACUGAACUUCAUGGCCCAGGGUGUGUUUAUCACAGACAGAUUUAUCAUUACAAAUGCUAGAGGAAUACCAUUAAAUCCCGACUCUCUCGAUGUGGGCGUGGCGGGAACCACACGGAUCUAUGACGAAUUCAGAGUUGACUCAAUCUUUAAGCACCCACUGUAUACUCAUAACUUCAAAAAUGAUAUAGCCUUACUUAAACUGAAGCGACCUGUCAUAAUUGAUGGCAUGAAACCAAUAUGUUUGAUUGUGAACAAAACCUAUCAGCAACUUGUCGAAUCUAGUGCAGUUUUUACUACAUUUGAUUAUGUGCAAACUGAUAAGGACGUAACUAUUUACCAACAAAUUGUUGAUCCCUUUAAGUGUUCAAUCAAUAUUGGGAAAACAAUCGAAACUAAUCAAGUUUGUGUAAAAACACCCCCUGGAGUGAGUCAAAACUAUGGAAAACAUGGCGACAUAUUGGGUAAAAUUAUGUCGUUUUCGGAAAACGAAUGGCUCGUCCUAAUUGGUAUUGUUAGUUAUUCGUCCAAUAGCUUACAAAUUUUCACCAAUGUUAUAAAGCAUACCGAGUGGAUAGUGCAUAUUGUUGACUCAAAUCAAUAUCAAUAACCAACUUUUAAUAAGUAAGGUUUAACCCAUAUCUGUCAAAGAAAUGAGUAAGGCUACAGGACUAUUAAAAACAUCAAUGGAAAGCUCUCAUAAAAGAUGCAAUGAGUAAUGUAAAUAUAAAAAAAAUGUAUUGUAUUGAUAGGAAAUAAAAACUAUGGGAAAUAAAUCUAUUAACAUCUUAA